CUAGACUCUAGAGCUAUGCUUCAGAGCACAAGGUUGUUUUUGUACAGUAAACUUGUAGUGACUGGCGCAGUUAAGCCCCGCCCCGCGGACCUGUCAAUCACCGUGACGUCACGGCCACUAUUAAAGAAAACCAACAAACAGCAGCCAGAAAAACACAUAUACACACACUUCAGCGGACUAACAGCACGGGCCGUCGCCGAGGGUUUAAUACAAAGUCUCUAUAUUGUGGGAGCUUCUCUUUUUACUCGGAUAAGGCAAGAAUCGCUCGUUUUCGGAGAGAUGGCCCAGGAGACCAAUCAAAGCCCCGUGCCCAUGCUCUGCGCCACCGGCUGCGGUUUCUACGGCAACCCUCGGACCAAUGGCAUGUGCUCGGUCUGUUACAAAGAGCAUUUAAUGCGGCAGAACAACGGGGGAGUCAGUCCGAUUAGCACAAUGGCAGCUUCCAGCAGUGUCACCAGUAGUCCUACCUCUGAAGCCUCAGCCAUCCAGAUCAUCGAAGCUACACUAAACAACUCCUCGUCUGCUAGUGCUAGUGCUGAGUCACCCAGCGGCUCCACCGCCGCCAUGGCUGCCCUUCCCGUUACACAACAGAUGACAGAGAUGAGCAUUUCCUGUGAAGACGAGGUGGUCUCGCCUAAAGUAGAACUCCCUGAACCAGUUGUCACUCAGCCGACAGCGUCCGCUGCUCCGGGCACAGCUGAAGGUGAAGAGACCAAAACACCCGACGCCCCCAAACCCAAGAAAAACAGAUGCUUCAUGUGCCGCAAGAAGGUCGGCCUGACAGGGUUCGACUGCCGCUGUGGGAAUCUCUUCUGUGGACUCCAUCGCUACUCGGACAAGCACAACUGCCCCUACGACUACAAGGCGGAGGCUGCGGCCAAGAUCCGCAAAGAGAACCCGGUGGUGGUGGCCGAUAAGAUUCAGAGAAUAUAAAACUCUCGCCGUCACACCUCCACUUUGCGAGAGAUCAGAUAAAAGGACUCACACUCUGACCUGUGAUCCGAGAGACUAGUUUUUUUAAUUACAGUAUGGGAAAGAAUCUUGUUUCUAAGCCAAUGCAUGAGUGAUCACUUUGUUUCCAUCUUUCUUUUGCUUUCUGUUGUUGGUAUAUGAGCUUCAAGUUAAAACAAAUGGGGGGAAAAAAAAAGAAAAAAGAAUGCCUAUAAAAGAAGCCAGAGACAUUUGCCCACCGUGUCUGUUUCUGAGUGGAAAACGUGCUGUAACCUGGAGUCUGGUUAUCGUGUUAAAGGCUGAUUGUCAUUAGUUUACUCUGUGAUGUGUCUCCCGGUCGGACUCUGAAGACUGUUACGGCUCUGACCCGAGCGCCGUCGGAGUAGCAGUGCAUGGCUGGCUCAUGUAGCAAAUGGACGCUCUUUUGUUUCCUCCGGGUCGAACGUUCGGCCCUCCCAUUCUCGAGUCAGCCUUUACGACAUUUAUCAGCCACCUUUCUGCUUGAGCAUCAGCCAGCGUCAGUUAUCCAGCUGCUGGAGUGAUGCUGGGGUUUCCCUCUCAUUCGACUGUGUGCAAAAUGAUUUUUAAACCAUUGACACUUUGUGAAAAAUAUGUAAUCCAAUUGGGAUGGUUUAAUGCAGCCAGACCAAAAUGCUUCGUGAUCAAUUUUGAGCGACUGCAUCCAUGAUACCCUGUCAAGUUCAGAUGAGGUUGGACGUGGCAACGACACAACUGUUUAUUCAUUCUCCCACAUGAUCCUUUAAGACAUUUAAGUGAAUAAACUAAUUUUAAUUUUUUUUCAUUGGGUUGUAAUGUGACACCAAUUUGAUUUAUGGGCUUGUUCAGAGGGCUUGUUGGGUUUAAAGUGGGUGUUUUGCAUGGUUAGUGAAAUGAGUAUUUUACAGUUGACUGCAUACUAGAAGACCAUUUUUAUUUUUUUUCUCUUUGCUCUAAUUCACUUUUUUCGUGUGAUUGAUCUUUUCAUGGGUAUUGAGUGUUAAAUGCUGGUGAGAAAUAAUGGUAUUGUUUAGUGUCAUUUAAUCAGCCCUUUGCGCCUGCUCGAGUGUUUGUGUGUCAGUGUAUGUGAGUUAGUCGCCAUCUUUUUCAUCCGAGGCUCGGUCAGUUUCUUGUUUUUUAGGUCUGGCUGCACAGCGCCGUUUUAUUUUAGAGCUUUGUGAGUUUACACAGUAAAA